CACGCUCACACCAUCCUGACAGCGUUCAUCCGGAGUGUGUCUGGCUGCCCCCUGUAGACCUCUGUGGUGCUCACGUGCUGCACGGGCACCUGCACCACCGGCGGCAGACUCAUCACCUCCGCACCCUCGUAACGGCCACCACCACCUCCCCCGAAGAACGGCGACCUGUCGGCCUUGCGCGGGGCCUGGGCACGCUGCUGUUGCGGCUGCUGUGGCUGCUGGCCUCCAGAUCCCGAUGAGGUUGCGCUGGCCCCUCCCCUCUCUGCCUCGCUGGCCGUGGAUGGGGCAUUAGUGAGGUUGGAUGAGGACGUCACGCCGAAGACGGAGGCGAGAGUGGUCCGCAGGUGGCCGUCGGUCAUGGUGCUGAUGUCCUCGUUGUUGAGCGACGCCGGGAUGCGAGGCGUGUGGCCGCAGAAGGAGAAGGUGCUGCGGGACCUGUUGGUGUUAGGCGUCUCGCGCUCGCCGCCCUCUUCGAAAUAGCAUGGACAGACGCCAUCCACGACCGGAUGGAAGCCCAGGUCGCCGUUCAUGUAGGGGCAGGCGGCCGUGUGCUGGAGGAAGCCCACCGGCGUCUUGCCCUCCUUGGCUGUGUGGGUGCCCGUGCCCAGGCUGGGCGUGGGCGCGUCGCUGCCCCGUGCCGGCGUGAACGGGGUGAUCCCGCCGCCGAGCUCGCUGGGGGCGCGCGAGAGGAUGACGGAAGCCAUCUCGGUGGAGCACGAGUCUGUGUCGGAGAUGUCGCGGGAGCCCCGUUUGUUCCUCCGUCGCUGGCGCUUAACGACGUACGAGGCGAUGAACACCGACGCAGUGGUGAGGAUCGCCACGAUCAGCCCCCACAUCCACACGGGCAGCAGCAGAGGUCCAGACAGAAAAGUGGACGAAGACAGCGGAGAAGAGGCGGCGGCGGGAGAGGGUCGUUUGACAUCCUUGCUCAUCCCGCCCGCUGGCGCGUCCUUGGUUCCCGGCGCACCCUCAUCACCCCCCCCAUCAGAUGUCUCGACGGAGGAAGGCAUGCCUGGCGGGGCGGUGGGCAGGUCCUCGCCUGAGAGCCGCCCCGUGGCCAGCUCGUAGGGCGGCAGCUUGAGGGCCGACAGCCGCGCGAGAACGGGUGUGUCGGCGUCGACAGAGUAUGUGCGCUGCAGGAGAGAGGUCUUAUUGGUGAGGGCGUCCUGCAGCUGGCUCCGCCGCUGCUCGAACAUCGGCGAGCUGAUCGACAUCGACUCAGGCACCUCCUCUGCUAUCCUGCAAUCAUUCAUUCAGAGGACCAAGCGUGUGUCUGCCGGUCUGUCUCUCUGUCUCUCUGUCUCUCUGUCUGUCUGUCUGUCUGUCCCUCUGUCGUCUGACCUGAAAAGGACGAUGAUGGACCCCUUGAUGAGCUUGAGUAUGUGCACGUUGUCGGGGGAGGGGAUGCCCAGAGUGGCGGCAAUGACGCGCUGCAGCUGACGCUUGGUCGUCGACACAACGUCGGGGGGCUGACUCUGCACACAACCAUCCAUCGCACACACAAGCAAGGGGGAUAUGGUCAUUGUGCGCCGGGUCGCUGCGCCCCGUGUGUCGUUGCUUACCGCCACAGCCGUCUUGUAGUCGACGUGCAAAAUUCGGAUUUGAUAAGCCCAGUCGCUGGCAGCGGGGGGACGCACGGGCGGGGGCGCUGGUGUGGCGACCUGCUUUGAUUUCACCACCUCCUCUUCUGUGGCUGCCGUGUUGAUGUCAUCGUCUUCCUUUGCUGCUGUGGUGUCCUCCUGCUCUUCUUCUAUCUGUUCGUCGGGUAGAGGAGGGGUCUCCUCGGAUGUGGGUUCGGGGGCAGGAGGGGGUGUCCUCAUCACUUGGAAGGCGUGCUUGGGGCCUUUCUGCUCUCGCUCCUUGACCCGCUUAGUCAGCUCGGGCAGUGGCAGCAUCACCCCUGUGCCGUCGCCCAUCUUGCUCGUCUGCUCUUCCUUGGCGGGCUCAAUCGGCUGCUGCACCUGCUCGUCCUCGAUGUCGUCAUCAAUCUCGGCCUGCUCCUCCUCGGCCGCCUCCUUCUCCUUCUCCUUCUCCUUCUCUCGCUCCUCCUGCUCUUCUCGUUCAGGCUCUUCUUGCUCGCGCUCUUCCUUCUCUUGUCGCUCGCGUGUUUCCUGUCGGUCCUCUUCCUCCUGCUGUUGCCUCUGGGUUUUGUCGUUCCAGUAGUGCUCCCAGUACUCGUGCAUGAAGUCGCCGGUGAUGGUGUUGUCGUGGUCGGGGCUGCACACCUGCGGGCAGCUGGGGCACAGACCGUGCUGUGCGAUACACAAGUUGAACCCAACCUGAGUAGUGAGUGAAAAGAGAAUGGAACUAAAAGUUGACGGAAGAACGGCGCUCACACACGUGCUUACCGAUGUGUUAGUGGGUUGGCUGUGGACUUGGAAUCUAAAGUGCCAGUGGCCGUUCUCAUAGUUGUGUGGCUGUUUCCAGUUGUGAGGCCACCCCACCGGCCACUGCCCCCGGCCACCGGUGAGGACCUGCAAAGGCAGGAACCAGAAGCCCCUCUGCCGGAAGGGCUUGCCGCGCUGCACAAUCUCCUCGUUGGCGUGCAGGACGACGAACUCGCCCUCCUUGUGCUGGCCGGCCAUCAUGGCGACGACGUCGAUACUGUCCCACCCGCUGAACUCGAACCCCUGUGCGACGGCUACGAUGGUUGCGGUCAAGUUGAUGGGGAGGUAGUCGUCCAUGCGAUCGCCGCAGAAGCCCCAUGGGGAGUCGAAGUCGGACACCACACAGCCUUCCGUGGCCGGGCCGCGGCGGUCGAAAGAGCGGAUCGGGAUCGACAAACGAUGAAUCUCGUGGGGACUCGAGAAGUCCACAUGGCUGGGGAGGGAAAACAGAACAGGAGGAAACGCCCGACGUCAUCAUAUCUACGACUGUGUGGAGGGAGGGUUGUGCGCUUUCUGGUGCGAACGUACUGGUCGACGAUCUUUUGGGUCCACUGCGAUGGCGAUGAUGUAGAAAAGACGAAUGGACCCGGCAUCUCGGUGGGCGGCACUCUCAGCGCAUACGUGUCCAUGUCUUGGCCAUUAUUAUCACCCUCUGAUCAACCAGCCAGCCAAUAGACAAACACGCGUCGCGUGCAACACAUGUGAAUAUGCGCCCAUUGCUCUGCUGCUCGUGCUGCUGACGCUGCCUGGAUGUGCGCCUUACGUGAGAUGGCGAGGGGCAGAGUGGUCACGAUGAGGGCGAUGAAAAACACCAUAGGUGUCCAACCAAACUUCGGUCGUCCCGGUGCAGCGCCGCCAUCCCCCGCGGGGUCUGCCGUACGAUGGUGGUGGCACACCGACAUUGCCGUACCCAGUCACCCAGCAAGUCUGCCUGCCCGCCUGCGCCUUCAACUCCCCUCCGCUCGGCGUCCGCCGCGUGACAGCCCGUCAGCCACACAACCCCGGCGACGAAAGAUGCACUUCCAAAGUCACAGCAGCAUUCCACUCGGCUAGGCCUGGUUGUAUAUACGUGUGUGUGUGCAGUGCUCCAGCCGGGGUGGAGGGAAAGACAGGAGGACAGAGGAUG